AAAAAAAUAUCAAUGACAGUCAUUCCCGUUCGACAUAUACCAGCUGAUUGUCAAGGAAUAAUUUAUUAGAUACAUUUUAUGAAAUAUGAUUUACGAUUUUGUUUAUUCGAAUUUAUUUUAUCAGUUUCAAGUGUAACAUUUAUGUCUUACUUACCCAUGAAUACUAAAAGCUACAAGUGGAUUAGCAUCCUUAAAAGGGGGACUCGUUAUGUUCAGAGCAGUGCUGUAAAUAUUGACAAUAAAAGUAAUGUGAAAUGUUUGUGUAAAUUCUUUGAUAUAAGUGAAAGCAAGGCUCAGUUUUUAUGUAUGAAACAUCCAGUAAUAACAAAGUUAAACGAAGAAAAAAUUCAAAGCUUAGUAAAUACGUCUAGUGAGAUAGGAUUGUCUCCUGAAAUACUGAUAGAAGAACCUGCACUAUUUGGAAUUUUGCCUGUAACCUUAAAGUAUCGUUAUAAAGUGUUACAAGAAUGUGGCGUGAAAGUAAUUGCUCCAGCAAUGCUGUCAACAUACCUAACAAUAUUAAGACAAAAGACAAUUGGAGAGCUAAAGAACUCUGGUUACAUUCUUCCGCAAAUUAAUGUUGAGAACAGAUUAGCGAGUUUCAUGACGCAGUGGCCAACAUCUCUUACAACCUUGAUUUAUGAAGAUAUUGACAAAUCUACACUAUACACAUUACGUCUAAAAAUUAUUCAAAGAUAUCUGGAACUGCUUCUAGAUCUAACUAAUGAAGAGUUUUACAGAGGCAUUGAAACUUAUCCAACAAUCAAACAUCGCCCGUUACAAAAUAUAAAUGAAACAUUAAAAAUAUUACAAUCCCAAAUAAUGAUGCCAAAUCAGAAAAUUAAAUCAAACUUGUAUUUAAUUCAUGCAGAUCCUGAAAAUUUAAAAGAAAUCAUUUACAAUAUUAGGUCUCUAGGUGGAAUUGAUAUAAAAGAAGUCAUAAGAAUGCAUCCCAAAUUGGCAUCAAAGAAUUAUAGAACUCUACUGGAAAUAAGAAAACUUUUAGAAGAAUAUGGCAUUAGUAAUGAAGCCCAAAGAAGGUGUUAUGGCAUAUUUACACUUAGCAUAGACACCAUAAAAGAAAGAUUAGAAAAUGCAAAAAGUGUACCUGAAUUUAAUACAUUUUUUAAACAUCCACGAUUUUUAAAAAUGAUACACCAUAACAAUACUGCCAUGAAAAGACUGAGCAAGUUGUACAGCAGUAAUAAGAAAUGUGCAAGUUUGAAUGUCCUGUCUGGCAGUGCAUCACAUUAUGAAAUAUUUGAAAAAGCUCCUGGUGAUAGAUUAGGCAAAGGAAAAGAUUUAUUAUUUUGUAUAUCACAGUCAUUAGGAAAAAAGUUUAAUAUGAGCCAAGUUCGCAAACUAAUCAAGCGGCACCCAUUUUGGAUUAACACACCUGUCUUCCAAGUGAAAUAUGUGUAUGAGCAACUAUCUACACAAUUCACUAAUGAGGAAAUUUACGAAAAUAGUCCCAUCUUACUAUAUCCAUGGAAAAAAGUAAAAGCAAUUUUAAAUCUUAUUGAUAAGAAGCAAAUGCAUAAUGAGUUCACUUGGAUACAUGAAUAUUUUGACUAUUCUUUUUUAAGCAAGUCUCAAAAACUAAGUCUAGUACUUUAUAUUCUGGAGAAAAACCAUUAUUUUUCUGGGAAUGGUGUAUGGCUAGAUGAAAAUAAGCAAUAUCAAGAAUCUGUUCAAAAUUAAAGAUAAUGGUGUUAAAAUAAAUGCAUUUGUAAAAAAAAACAUUUU